AUGGCUGAAUUCCCGUCUCUCGGACAACAUUGCGGUGUGGAUCUUUGCAAUCAAUUGGAUUUUCUCCCAGUGAAAUGCGACGCUUGUCACGGGACUUUUUGUAUUACACAUUUCACCUAUGACGGACACGAGUGCAAGGAAACACACUCAAAGAACGUGCAAGUACCCGUGUGCCCUCUAUGCAAUCAACCAGUCCCCGUCGGGAAAGGAGCCAACAUUGAUCAAAUUGUCAACCAACACAUCGAUAUGAAUUGCCCGACUAAGCAAAAGAAGCGGAUUUUCAAGAAUCAGUGCUCGAAAGUCGGAUGCAAGAAGCGAGAGCUUGUCCCUUUCACGUGCAAUCGAUGCUCAAAGAAUUUCUGUGUCUCACAUCGACAUGAAUCGGAUCAUGAUUGUGAAAAAAACGGACCGGCCACGAGUCGAGCUGGACUGGCGGCGGUCAACCGAAAUGCCCAAUCGUGUUCCCGGCAAGCACAAGUGAGCGAAGACGAAGCUCUGGCCCGUGCACUCGCCUCUUCACUCAACACGCAGACCUCACCCGAAGAAAUGGAUCGCCGUUUAGCCGAACAACUCCAACAAGAGGAAUACGGACAAAGACGUGCUGGAGCCGGUUCCGGUAACCAAGAGAACAAGAAUAAUCGAUAUAAUUGUGAUCACCGCCUUUCUUUCAUAGUUGUGCAAAAGCUUAUCACA